AAGUGACAACCAUAAAAUGUAUGUAUUAUUUUUGUGUAUCUCUAAAAUUACUCUAUUAGUAAUUAUACAUUUUAUCUCUCUAAUUUGUAGGACUCCUUUAUCUUUCCCCUUCUCUUUUCAAUUUAUUGAGAAAUAUAAUUUCAUCUUAAAACUAAUUGGUGAUGAGUAAAUAGCUCAUACUCUUAUAUAUGACUCAAUACUUUUACAUUUAAUCCAUCUGCGACAAUAUUCUCCAAUACAAUCUUACCAAACAUGCAUUUCUUUUUCCUUUCUUUUUCACUUUUUCCUUCAAAAUUUUCUUUCCGCUCACUUUUCUUCCUUACCAAACAUAGAGUUAAGUUUAACAAUUAUGUAUUGGAUCACAAUUAUUCACUCUAGUGCUUUUAACAUUUCUUGUGAUAAUAUGUAACAAAUUUAGUCCAAAUCAUGAUAUGAAAGGGUUACCAAAUUUCCUCAAGUCAAAGUUGAAUGUGUCUAUUGUUAAAAAAAAGUUGAAUCUGUCUAAAACAAGGUGGUCAGUAAACUAUGAAAGAUUAUUCUAAGUAAAGAAAAAUAUUACCUGCUUCCAUCUACAUCAUUAAUCCAACACUUAAUUUUCCAAACUACACUCUCUUUUCUCCAUUAUUGUUCUCUAAAUUUUUGGUAUACUUAUCUUUAUGUCUCAUUAAUACUAUUAGUUUUGUUUAUUCUUAAGCAAAAUGUACCCUUUACUCCAUUCUUCUUCUUCUUCUUCAAUCUUCAUCACCAUAGUAAUUAUAUCACUAGGAUUAUCAACCCCAUUCAAAAUUCUCAAAGAUGAGUCAAAGUUUGAAGCUUGUAAGCUCCCAUUCACUUGUGGAAACAAAUCUUUUGCAUACCCUUUUUGGGGAGGUGAAAGAAUUCAAGAUUGUGGUCACCCAGAUUUCAAGCUAAAUUGCCAUAAUCACACCUACCCUGAAAUUGAGAUUGUUUCCAAAAGUUUUUAUGUAUUGGAUAUGAGAGAAUGGGAUGAAACCAUAACAGUUGUUGGUGCAGAUAUGGUGGAUGAUGGUUGCCCUGACAGAGUUACCAGUCUCACAAUUGAAGCUAUUGAGCAAAGUCCUUUUGAAUGUGCUUCAAAUAAUGCUAAAUUGACUUAUUUGUACAAUUGCUCAAAUGGGAUUAUUCCAAAUACAACAUCAUUUUUGAGAUGUACAAGUAAUGUUGAAAGAGUUUAUGAUGGUUAUUACCUAAAGAAUCCCUCUGAUCAUCAAAACCAAUCAUGUAAGAGUUUGAUUAACAUUCCACUUCUGCAAAAGUAUUACACAGAUUUGGUGACUAAUAAGUUGACUACAAAAGAUGCUUUGAGAAAAGGUUUUGAUUUCAAGUACAAAUUUGAUUAUGGGCAAAAAACUUGUUGGGAUUGCCUUAAAUCUUAUGGCCAAUGUGGGUUCAGCAAAACUUCUCAUGAAUUUGUGUGCUUCUCAGUUUCAGGUAUGUAUUUUAUGAGUACAUUUUUCUAA